UAUUGGGAAUGUAUCGAAAAACACUUGUCUGUGCCUGUAUCCAGCUCAUAGUUUCGUGAUAAGGUUAAAAUGAGAAAACUAGUUCUUUUAAUGAUUUCUAUUAUUCUUUUCAUUGCUGUCAAUAAUUGCAAUGGAAAUGAUAAAUUGAAAAGUUCUACAGUUUGGAAGUUGGUCAAAAGAUUUACAAUCCAUCGGAUUCACGAUUUAAUGGUUCAAAAUAUUGAUUGUGAUUACAACAAUUGCAAUUCUAAACAAGCUUUGAUCGAUUAUGUCAAUAAUUUGGUUGAUGACGACACAAAUCAAUUAAAAAGUGAACAUUGUGAUUAUUUAAUUAAGGAAAUUAUUGAGAAAGAUUUUCAUCUAUUAGCACGUGAUGAGCUGUAAACUGUGAGUAGCACAAACUGUAAUUACUUUGUUAAAUAAAAGAUUUGAAAUCAGUGAAAAAAACAUUUGUG